AUGGCACCGGGCCGAUGCCCACGCCCCGCCCGGGCCCCCCUCGGCCGCCCCCCGGCUCCCCGCGCCGCCCACCGCGCCGCCCGCCGGCACCACCACCACCGUGCCACCACGGUCACCCACCACCACCAUGACCACCACCACCACCACGCACCACCACCACCACCCACCGUUCACCCCCGGCCCGACCUCCACAUCCCACCAGACAGAGGAGGAGACAAGAGGAGGAGGAGGAGGAUGCCGAGGACUGCCCGGCCGGCCAGCCCCGCGCCCGAAGAGUUCAUGUGCAACUGCAGCCUUGUCGGAAGCCUGAAUGUGACUCAGUGUAACCAAACCACAGGACAGUGUACGUGUCACCAGGGCUACACGGGGCUGCACUGCGAAACCUGUGAGGAGGAGUUUUACCGGGACCAGCCCCAGGGGCACUGUCUGCCUUGCAACUGCAGCUCCCAGGGAGCUGUCAGUUCCCUCUGCAGCAGCUCUGGGAAGUGUCAGUGUAAAGUGGGCGUGCAAGGUGUCAAAUGUGACCAGUGUCAAGAUGGGUAUUACGGACUCCAUUCGAAUGGCUGCGUGCCCUGCCAAUGCAAUAAUCGCUCUGACAGUUGUCAUGCCAUCACAGGAGCUUGUUUGAACUGCCAAGGAGACAGUGAAGGAGUCCACUGUGAAGAAUGUAAAGCCACUUUCUACAGGAAUGCCACUGCCCCCUACUCAUGCGUCCGCUGCCCGUGUUCAGAAGUGACAUCUACCGGUACCUGUCACAUAAAAAGCGGACAGCUGGAACCUGAAUGCAAUCAAUGUGCGGAAGGUUACACGGGGAGGAACUGCAACAAGUGUGACCAUGGCUAUUACAACUCUGACAGCAUCUGCGUGAAGUGCGAGUGCCACGGCCAUGUGGAUGGGGUCAGAUACCCCCAGAUCUGCAAGCCCGAGAGUGGCGAGUGCAUCGAAUGCCUCCACAACACUGCGGGGUUUCACUGUGAACAAUGCCGGGAAGGUUUCACCCGAGACCUCGACGGAAACAACUGCACCGAGGAAGAAGUCACACCGGAGGUCCCGACCACCUGGAGGCCUACCACUUUGGCCUCCAACGCCACGCUGCCGCCGCCACUGCCCACCACGGUACCAAACAGCACCUUCUCCCCCACCACGGUGCAGACGAUAUUUUCCAUAGGCUCCUCGGAAAACAGUACCUCAGCCUUAGCUGACGUCUCGUGGACCCAGUUUAACAUCAUCAUCCUGACGGUCAUCAUCAUAGUGGUGGUGCUGCUGAUGGGGUUCGUGGGGGCCGUGUACACCUACCGGGAGUACCAAAACCGGAAACUAAAUGCCCCCUUUUGGACCAUCGAACUGAAGGAGGACAACAUCAGCUUCAGCAGCUACCACGACAGCAUCCCCAAUGCUGACGUCUCCGGCUUGUUGGAAGAUGACGGCAACGAAGUGGCUCCCAACGGACAGCUGACGUUGACCACUCCCAUCCACAACUACAAGGCCUAAGCCAAGAGACAGCCGGACUCAUUGAAGGCCGCUGGCCCACAGAGCCCGCUGCUGGAUCAAGGCCAUGGGUGGUAGGGAGCACCUGGGGGCCGACCCACCCUGUCAGAGCUGACUGAGAAAGGCGGGGAAUUUAGUGUGUCGGAAAUUUUCAGAUGGAGACCGGAAACACAUUCAGCUCGGCGCCCUCCGGUUCCCCCUGUGAAGACCCUUAAGAGUCAUGGUUGGAAGGCACUUGAUGGAAAAUCUAUUUUUGUACCAAACCACCCCAGGGUGGGCCAAGGUCACACUCCCUUGGUGUCCCCCCAAAUCACCUGCUGUUCUUUUCAGCUCAGUUCCAGGGGAAGCCAGACCAAGCCGAGAGCCAGUUAGAAGAGAUCACGUGCUCGGAGGACGAAGGACUCUUGGACUCCUGGUACAUGUUUCAUCGACAUGGUGGGGACGAAGUGGAGCGGUGGAGUAGGGCGGUGUCCAUUUCACUGUACUAAGAAUCAUUUAAAUGAGGAAAAUCGAUGACCCAUUUUCAUCCCAAAAAGCAAGUGCUCCUUUUUUUUCUGCGGCUGGGGCUGGGACAUUCCAAGAAGAUCAUUCAAUGCCUCUAAGUUUUUCCUUCAUGAAUCCUCACUCGUCGGUGCGAAUCAAAAGCAGGGUAGGCUCUCAACAGCAGAAGAAAAGGAAAGCAAGGCAGCAGGCUUCAAUUGGGAACUCGAGACCCCCUCUCAGGGUCACUGUGUAAAUUAUCACCCUAUUCCUGCCUCCAAAGAAGCAGUGUGUGUAUAGAAAAUGCAGAAGAACUGAAUAGCAUUUGUAACUAUUUGUAAAGAAAAACAAAAAAAAAACCCCAUUUCAUAUUUUAUCAUCUAGAAUUUAUUUGUACAGCAGGUAGCGGCAUUGUAAAGAGAAAAUGCAAAGAUUGCUUAAAAUACUGUAAAUUAGAUGGCGAUAUUGCUGGAGCUGGGACUCUGGUGUAAAUCCCUCGAGAGAUGUCCCUGAAGUUUUGAAGUAGUCGAGCGUGUUUUGUCUAUUGGCUUCUCUCACUCCGUCCCCACCUUUCUACAAUCUGCGCUUUAUAGCCCUGCACCCUUUGACUUCAGCAGGACAUUAACAGUUGGGUUCAGUCCAACACAAAAGUGGGGAUGGGGCUCUCCUUCUCUUUAGCGUGAUUCCAGAGUUGAAUGGGGGGUCCACACCCACUUAAUGAGGCCCCAGCUACCUCCCCCAAGGAUUUGGUUUUACCUUACGUAAAUUCCAGGGAAGCCUACGUUCAACAUGGGAAUCUACCAUGACAUGGCACUCAUGCUCCUGAAAGACGAAGUCCCCCGCCAAAGGAAGAGGAGCCGUUCUAGUUGCAAAAGAAAGCACUGGGGCUUUCCUCAUUUGCCUGUCCAUGGAAUCUUUAUGCUCGGCGAGAAAGGGCCCCCUGUUUCUGUUUUGUAUAUGCCACUCGCAAUCCUGUUUCACAGGUCACCGUUACUUUCUUGUCCCCCUACUCUAUGGAGAUGGACGCAGAUGCAGCCUACAGUAUGUCUGUGUUUGUCCAUCUCAUCAUCCCUCGGUCUUCUUCUCCAACAGGAUCUGUGCAAAGAAAUAUGACUCCUGUGGAGGAUGCAUAAGAAGGGGCCUAGGAAACUCUGAGGCCACACAGUAAAAAGCCUCUCAGUUCAGUCUCUGGGUAAGAAAGGCAUUUCAGACAGGGUCCAGGCUGAUCGUCUGUAACCAAAAACCUCGAGUCUUCCCAAUGGUCUGGCAUGGCCAAAGGAAAGAGAACUAGAUUGCCGAGGGGUAGGCUGGGGAGAGAUGGCAGUGGGAGUCCAUCUUUAAAGGGAGAUCUCAGUGUUUUAGGAGACCGGGUGAGGUCUUAAUGCUGAACCAUCAUCCUGAAGCCAGUGUUGUUGUUAAUUAUGGUGCUGGGGCCUGGCAGGAGACUUGGUAGUGAUAUCGUGCUCCCCAAAAACAGAUUUGGGGGAAAUGGGUGUUUGCCAAGCAUUGGGAAUGAAGCCUUAUCAUAGGACAAGAAAUUUUUUAGAAGUGAGAACUUGAUCCUGGGAACUUCAAGGGACAGAACAUAGACAUUUUUCCCAUUUAGGAUCAUUUCCUAGCAGAAAUAACAGAAUCCUAACUGAAAAAAGUUAGUCGAAAGAAAUGAUGACAACCUUUCUUUUUCAUGUACAUAAUUUUGCUCGGCCAACAAAUGCAACUUUGAAUCCCUUUUUAGCGUUUCUAUCUUUACUUACGAAAGUAGUUCGGUCGUCUGAGAAAAUGUCAACUGCUGCAGAAAUCUGGGAAGAAUAGCUCCUGACGUCGGAGACUCUGAAACGGUUUUUGUGAAAACUGGAAGAAAUGAAUGUGCUCCCCAAAGGAGGGGAGGCUCUCCAUGUGCCACAGCUUGGAAUUAUAGGACAAAUAGAACCUCGAGAAACCUGCCGGAGGAGAGAUUUUUGUAUAAUCUCCUUGUAAUAAGUAUAUUGCUAAAUGAGAUAAAGCUGACUAAUUCGCUAAUCUGAUCAGUAAGAGACCAGGCAUUAACUGCUACGGAGUGACACAACUUUCUUCGCCAAGGACUGAAACCACUUCUACAAGCAGAUGUGCCAGUAACCUGUAGAGCAUUUGGUUUCCACUGCAUUAAUUCCUACAUGUUUAAUUGGGUCUGGUGGGUGGGUGGGUGGGUGUGCCUAUGACAUUUAACCCCUCACUUGCCCUAGCAGCAUACAGCAGAUUCCCAAAGCCACGGCUUUCAUAAAGCGCCAGACUUGAUGGCUGGGAAGGUUAGGAUAUUUGGUGAACCUGGAGAGAAGGUGGCUGGAAGAAGACUGAACUCACCCUGCAAGCCAGGCCCAAGAAGGGUUAUUCUCUGGCAGUUGAUGGUACCAUCAUUUGUAAUAUGCUUGCUGUUCUGCACUGACUCCCACCUGCUCCACGUGCACUAGGAAAAUGUUCACACAUUAAAGAAAACUCUCCAGAAGGCAUCUUAAAGAUAAGUCAGAGAAGCCAAGAGCAGCCCUCCAGAGAGCUGGGUUCUGCCGGGGACAACUGUGAUUUAGGGAGGUGAACACAGGGCAGAAGCUAUCAGUGACCUCAAAUGGCCUUGGGUAGUAGGGAAGGAGUGGGGGGUAGAGGGCGGAUCCCUUUGUUACCCAUCUUCCAGUCCUUUUGGAAAGGCAGAUUGGAACCAAGAUGAAGUUGAAGUGGACAUCGGGAGUAACAAAAGUCAGUGUAGUGACCUGCCAGGAGGGAGAUAAACUGAUGCCCCUCUGCCAGAGGGAAAGAGGUGAAAACCAAGUUCAUAUUCGACCCCCAAGUGGUAGGAAUGAGGAAUUGCAGCCAGCGGGGGAUUUCCGUAUUGACCAGUGCGAUAUCAGCAGGUUGAUGAAGUAUUUUGUAGAUUUUCUUGAGAGCACAGCCUUUAUCCCAGACUACAGGUCGUACUUCCAUGGAUCAGGAAAUGAAGCCAGCAGCUCUGAAGUCUCAGUCCAGGCUAAAACCUGUCAGCUGAUUUGAAGCCCUAUGUAAGUUGGGCCCAACAGCUCCCGCUGCUGUAACUCUUUAAGAUGACUUAAUUGGAAUGUGCUCCUAAACCGUGAAACUUGUACUUAGUCCACUAAAAAAAAUAAAAAUCAUACUACCAAUUGAAAAUAAAGCAUCUCCCAUUCCUGCACUAGGCUUCAAAAUGCAUUUCUAAAAAGUGUAUGAUUUGAAUAUAUGAAAGAAUUUAUACAAGAGUGUUAUUUAAAAUGAUUAAAAAUAAAUGUAUAUAAUUUGUACCUACCUAA